CCAAGCCAAUUAUCACCAACGUCCCCAAGAAAGUAUGAAAGAACCCCGGAUUUUCCCUAGAGAGCGGCCAACUCCUUGGACUCGUGCUCCGCUGCCACCUCGAGGACGGCUCGACAGUUCCCUGGGACCACAGGGUGGUCCUGUUCUGAACACAGGCCACCCACUGGGCGUGAACUCGGAUCCUUUCCUCAUGGCAGCUGGUUCUCUUGGUGGAAAUCUGGCCCCGUUUCCAAGGAACCCAUCACCUUUUCCAACUUCAUCAGGCUCACUGGCUUCAAACCCAGCUCCUUCCAAAACUGGUGCUCGUGACCCAGGCAUGGCUUCUUUUCCAAGAGGGAUGAAUCCCACUGGCACAGGCGCAGUUUCUUUCCCAAGGCCAGGUGGUCUCUUGGGCCCAGGCCCUGGUUCGGGCCCGGGCCCGGGCCCGGGGCUAGGCCUAGGCCCAGGCCCAGGCCCAGGCCCAGGCCCAGGCCUCGGCCCAGCUCUAAACCCAACUCUAAACCCUAGAACAGGGACUCUUCCAGGCCCGGGGCCUCUGUCUAACCCCAGGUUAGGGGGGCUCACAGGACCAGGUCCUAUGUCCAACCCAAGGGCAGGUGGUCUCCUGGGAGCUGGUCCUGACCCCAGAAGUGGGGGACCCAUGGGCCCUGGAUCUGGACCCAAUCUGAGAGCAGGUGUCCUGCUGACCUCUGGGAAUGGUCCUCCCAAUUCUAGGCCAGUUGGCCUGGGCCCUGGACCAAGUCCCAGUCUGAGAUCAGGUUUUUUAGGGACAAACCCUGCCCCUAGGUCAGGUGUGUUUUCAGGCCCAGGCCUUGGUCCUAACCCAAGGGUGGGUGGCCUGGGCCCAGGACUUGGGCCCAACCCAAGGGCAGGUGGCCUGGGCCCAGGCCCUAAUCUAGAUACCAGAGCAGGUGGCCUCUUGGGCACAGGAUCUGGUCUUAACUUAAGAAUGGCUGGACCUCAAGGUCUAGAUCUUGGCCCCAUUCUGAGAGCAGCAGGUCUUUUAGGAGCAAAUUCAGCUUCUUUCUCACAGGCUUCUGGAAACAUGGGCACAAGCCCAUCUUCGAUGGCAAGAGUACCUGGCCCUAUAGGCCCCAACUCGGGUCCCGGCUCUCGGGGCAUUGGCCUUCCAGGGCCAAAUCCAUCUCCCAUGUCAAGAGCUCCUGGUCCUAUAGGUCCUAAUUCAGCUCAUUUUUCAAGACCAGGCUGCCCCAUGGGAGUAAAUGCCAAUCCCUUUCCAAGGGGGACAGGUUCAGGAGGACUAAAUCCAACUGCCUUCUCUCAGUCUUCUGGCACAUUGGCUUCAAACCCAGCUACCUUCCAAAGGUCUGCUGGCCUCCAUGGCUCGAGUCCAGCAGUUUUCCCACGAGCCUCUGGUCCACUAGGCCCCAACCCACCUAACUUCCCAAGGGCCACUGGCCUGCAGGGUCCAAGUCCAACUGCCUUCCCAAGGUCUGCUGGCCCAUUAGGCCCUGGUCAGGUUGCUUUCCCUAGGUCAGCUGCUGGGCACCUGGGUGCUUCUCCAGCAGGCCCUGUGGGUAUCAACCCAGCUCCUUUUGCGAGGCCAGCUGCACCCCUGGGUUUAAACCCAGUUUCUUUUCCAAGGAUGAAUGGCCCUGCAGGCAAGAGUUUGGUCCCGUUUCCUAGAGUGGGGAGCCUUCCUGGUACAAGCCCAGCUGCUUUCCCCAGACCAGGGGGUCCAAUGGCUGCAAUGUAUCCAAAUGGAAUGCUACCCCCGUAAACACCAUUUUUCCCCCCAGGCCACCUUGGUUUCCCAGCACUGUGGUUCUGGGCAGAGUCUGUCUCUUAGGCAAAAGGGUAGAUACGGAGCUAUGGUCUAAACCUAGCUGGGGCUCAAAUUUAAGUGAGCCAGUUUUUUCUUCUGCUUUUUUCUUGACUUAAGGUAAAAUGUCAUUGGUGGGACAUGGACAACGGCAGGUGGGAAUGAUCCUGGUUUGGAGGGUAAGGAUCCCCAGCCUUCUCGAAGCUUGCUGUGUUUUGGUCUCACAGCUUUCUGCCCUUGUUUCUUACUAGUUUCUUGAAUUGUUCUUGUGGACUUUUCCUCAGGGAUACACUGGCCUGCAGGUCCCAAUUCACAUGUAGUCCCCUCCUCACCACUGGAGAAUCGGCUCAUGCGCUCAAGAAACAGGGCAGUGGUGAAUGGACCAUACUUCGUUAGCUCUGACUUGGGCAGCUUGGACCUGGUCAUCCUCUACUGCCACACCCUC